CCGGGGCUUUAGCGGGGCAGGGGCAGGUCCGCGCUCCAGUCGGGACCGGGACAUCCAGGCCGCCGGGCGCUUCCUGAGGGCAGAGGCCGGCGCGAGCUGCCCGGGGGCUUCGCCGAGAUAAGCAGAGCCCGCGUCUGGGGGAGGGGGAGCAGGAAGGGGAAAGGCUCCUGCGCUCGCGCCCCUCCGCCCAUGGUCAAGUUCGAUGCGCGUCCCCAGACCGCCGCGCCGCUGAGCAGCCCCGCUUCCCGCGCCCCGGCGUUGGCGGAGGAAGCCUCUUUCGGAGGGAGGGCGAUGGAGGUCAACUGUUUAACACUGCAAGACCUAAUCAGCCCCAGGCAGCCUAGGCUAGAAUUUGUGAUUGAAGAUGGGGAAAAUGCACAAAAGGAAAAUAUAUUUGUUGAUCGAUCGAGGAUGACUCCAAAGACACCAAUGAGAAGUGAGCCAAUUGAUUUAUCAAAGCAAAAAACCUGCACACCCGAAAGAAAUCCAAUUACACCAGUUAAGCUUGCCGACAGACCUCAGUCAGAACCCUGGACUCCUACAGCUAAUCUGAAGAUGCUCAUUAGUGCUGCUAGUCCUGACAUGAGAGACAGAGAAAAGAAGAAGGAGCUGUUCAGACCAAUUGAAAACAAGAAUGAUGCAUUCUCAGACUCACUACAGCUUGAUGCUGUUGGGGAUGGCCCCGUAGAUGAAUUUGAAAAGCAGCGGCCAAGUAGGAAGCAGAAGAGCUUAGGACUCCUGUGCCAAAAGUUCCUGGCUCGAUAUCCAAGUUACCCCUUGUCCACUGAGAAAACAACAAUAUCCCUGGAUGAAGUAGCAGCCAGUCUGGGGGUAGAACGGAGGCGUAUCUAUGACAUUGUGAAUGUUUUGGAGUCCCUGCAUAUGGUUAGUCGAGUAGCCAAAAAUCAGUAUGGCUGGCAUGGACGGCAUGGCCUCCAGAAAACCUUGAAGAACCUUCAGAGACUAGGAGAGGAACAGAAAUAUGAAGAACAGAUGGCUUAUUUUCAUCAAAAGGAACUUGACCUCAUGGAGUAUAAAUUUGGAGAGCGUAAAAGGGAGGGUUUCCUAGAGCAAGACCAACAGUUACUGGAUUUCUCUGAGCCAGAUUGUAUCUCUGCAUCUGCAAACAGCAGGAAAGACAAAUCUUUGCGAAUUAUGAGCCAGAAGUUUGUCAUGCUGUUCCUUGUCUCCAAGACUAAGAUAGUCACCCUAGAUGUCGCUGCCAAGAUACUGAUAGAAGAGAGCCAGGAUGUGGCUGAUCAUAGCAAGUUUAAAACAAAGGUACGGAGGCUGUAUGACAUCGCCAACGUUCUGACAAGCCUGGUGCUAAUUAAGAAAGUCCAUGUGACAGAAGAGCGAGGUCGGAAGCCAGCAUUCAAGUGGAUUGGUCCUGUGGAUUUCAGCACAGAAAAUGGUGAACAACUAGUAGAUGUUUCAACAUCUGCUCUACCAGAAUUGAAAACAAAACCACACUCCCCUUUUCAGCCCUGUGUGAAGCAGAGACUUGCCCGUCAUAGUUCUUUCAAUGUGAUUCCCUCUUCAGAUGGGAUUAAAAGGAAAGUGAGCUCGGAACCUAAUAGCCCUCAUCGAGGAGAACAAGGUUCAGAUGAAUAUUGCCCAAAAAUAGUUGGCCUGACAGCUGCUUUGAGGGAGAAGAUAGAUGAAAAUUCACAGAAUCAGGGAUGUAUCAAUAAAAAGAUGAUACACUCAUCAGACAAGCUUGACCCUGUUCCUCCUUUCCCAGUUCAUCCUCAGGACUCAGAGUAUUGCUUUCACCCAUUAUCCCACCAAGUAUUUUCUGUUACCCCAGCAGACCUGACAUCAAUUCAUCUGCAGAAUGGUCUCGAUGGACACAUGACUUUCACACCCACUCCCACAGCCUCCAAAACAGAGAGCUUGAAGUCCACUGUGCUUCCCAAUCAACCUUUGAUCUAUGUUCCCUCUGCUUCUUUCUUUAUGCUAUAUGGAAACUUCCAGGAAGGCCACUCCAAACCUGAAAAGGGCCAUGAAAUGCUUGAAGUGGCACAAGCUGCCUCCUGCUCCACAGAACUGUCAGCUCUGCCCCUUGCGAGCUCUUACAAGCGCAGGCCUCAGGAAGCUCAUGAGCCAGUUGCCAAGAAACAGAGCAUGGAGAUUGAGGAUGGCCCACUCUCCUUGGUCUUGCCCAAGAAAUUUACAGACCCCAGCGAUGUUGCCUCUCCCAGGAAUAUUGGCAGUAUAGAUACCAUGCCCUUUGAAGCUUUUCAGAGGUUCUCAGAAAUUCCCCUUGCUGAGGAUUCACCAAGAAAAACUACAAUCCAGUGCCUGGUUACCCCUGAGAGGAGGAAACAUUUGAGAAAUGCAGAUAUUGAAAAACCCUCAAAAGACAGAGAAAAUCUCUCUGAAGAAAACACCAAGCCACAGUAUCUUUAUGUGCAGUCUGCACCUGGAUUAAAUGGUUUUAAUUUCCUGCUGCCUGACCAUCAGGCUGCCAAUGCUGCUGGACCAUCUCCAAGUCAAUUGACUUCUCUCCACGUUCCAUGCAUGAUUGUGCCAUCUACAGCACUGGCCCCAAUGCCUUUUUUUUAUUCUCCGGCAAUCAACAGUCCAGUGUCUUCUCCUGGCCCAGUGAAUUUUGGCUUGCCCGGCCUCAGAUCAUCAACUCAGCUUCUCAUUGACACCAACAUACUUAGUCCAAAGACAUCAAAAGCCCUUUCCAUGGACCCACAACAUCCAGGCCAGUCACCAGUUCACCUCAGCCCUGGAGUGUCCAGGUCUCAUAAUACAAUCACACCAGAUUCCCCUGUUUGUAUGGGUCACCCAGUAACAAUUAUGAAAUUACCCCAGUCACCAGGCCCAGUGACACCCAAGAGCAUCCGGCCGCCAUACUGUGAGACCUUCUUCAAAACUCCUGGCAGCCUUGGAGAACCUAUGACUUGGAGAAAAAUCGAAGGGGGUCAAAGAAAUUUAAGCACUGCACAGAGGAGACUGCAGAUAUCCAGUGGCAGCACUGAUUAACUGUAGCUUGGCCAAGUGGAAUAGGGAAAUCCACCAAGGAUUUUAACACUUGUUAUAAGGGGCAUGCUAGUCCCUAAUGGGCUGUUUAUACUACAAAGCUAAAGAGUCUCAUUUCCCAUUCUCUUCCACUAGUCCUGUUAACUCUCUUUCCUUUCAAGUCAUUCACAUUCCUGAAAGUAAUUUUUUAUUAAUUGCUCAUUUAAGAGCCAAGAGGUUUCAAACAUUAUGCAGCAGUGAAAGCAUUGACUCAGUUGUGGUUUCAACAUCAUCUUACUCUCAAGUUGAUUGAAAAAACUAUCAGAGGUUUGUGGUUUGGGAACAGGUGAGCUCUCUAGCACUUAACUAGGGUAAUCAUUCCUUACUUUACAUAGACUCGACUUACCCUGAGUAAAUCUGUGGUAAAACCAAUUACUUUUCUGCAAUUAAAAAUGCAAUUGCUCUCUGAAUUUCUGUCAGUCAAAGACAGCAUCACCUACACAUUUUAUUUUCUUAUUUAUUUUGUUCCUGAAAUGGAACUUAGUGGGAAGAAGAAAAAAAGUUUACAACUACAGAAAAACAGGUUUUUCUCAGGGCAUGACUACUUGAAUGUUAAUACUAGUUCCUCUGUAAUUUGCCUUGUACUUAAAAAUCUUAAUCACCUAUACAUGAAUGUACACAUAUGGGG